AUGGGAUUUUUGUAUCAGGUGCUUAAGGAUGUCAGCGAGAAACAGCCUUACAGUGUGGGUAAAAAUGAUUUAAAACAUUUUGUUGAGAGUGAAUUAAGGCCUAAAUUAUCCGCCGGGCGUGAGGGUUUUAGUGUCAUUGAGACGGUGGCGGAGAAGGUGCGGGAGUAUAAUGGUAAAGUGAAAGAGUCUAACGACCAUGUGAAAACAAUGAUAAACAAUAUGAAUAAUGACAUGAAAACGCUCCAAAAUGAGGUAGGUAAAAUUUUAGAAAAUAAUGCUGAUUCAGAAAAUCUUGAUGAAGUCAUGCAGGCUGAAACCUUGGUCACUAAGCUGGCCGACGAGUAUGCAAAAAAAGGUAUGAAUUUCGAUAGUAAUUUUGUCAUAAGAGAAAUAAACGCAUGGAGGACAGGUGCUAAUGUUGAGCCAAAGCAGCAAUUUAAAGACUUGAAUGCUGACCUGAGAUUAAAAAUAACCCAUGCGAGAAACAAUAUCACGCAUGAGGCUGAGAGGCUUACGACACUGUCGAAGAAGCAAAAAGAGAAUUUGGCUGCGAUGACUAGUAUGAUUAGUAAUAAGCUCAAAACGCUUAAAAGCUGUGUCAAUGAGCGAAUUUUGAAAGAUGUCAAUGAGCUUGUUAGCAAGGUGAAUGAGAAAGUCGCGGCAAUUUUGCAAUUGCUAAAGAGGAUCAGCGCGACGCUUUGGAAUUAUGUUAAUGAAUUAGGGAGGUGGAUUAAAGAUGCAGACGAAAUGGUGAUUCAAGCAAUUAAGGAUACGAAAGAAAUCGAGCAAAAAGGACCGGGUUGGCAAAACCAGGAUAACAUAAAUGAGAAAGCCAAGGAGUUCAAGGACAAGGCUACGGAUCUCUACUGGAAAUUUGAGGGUGCGAAGCGGUCUGUGGUUGAUGGUAUUGAUAAGGCAAAAAAAGAAAAUGUUAGCGAGUUGGAUAAGUGGAAGAAGGCAGGUGACGCGGCCGUUACGAAGGCGAAGCAGAAGUGCGGUGUCAUUGUUGAGAAGUUGAAGGGGAGUGAUAGCUCAACACAUCCUGAAAGAGACGAAAUUACGAAGGCAGCUAAAGAGUUGCAAACUACCGCUGAUGAUCUAAGAAAGAAGGCGUUUGAGGCUAAGACGCAGGUUACCCAGUUGGUCGAAAAAGCGUUAGGGGAGGUUAAAAAGAUGGACGAGGAGCUUAGGAAGAAUUUGAAAUCGGUGAAGGAUGGGAUUAAAAGAGAGAUGAAGAGUUACAUCACGGGAGAUCUGAAUGACAAGAUCAAAGCAGCGCUGACGGAGCUUACUGAUAAGAUUGCUAAAGAAGGUGGAGUACCGCCAGGGCAUUUGGAUAAGAUUGUUGCCGGCGUGAAGGAGUAUGCUAAGGGAUUCAAGCAGGCGUUUGCGAGUAUAGUACAGGCGUGGGUGAGUGCUAUUGUAAAGAGUGAGGGAGUGCAGCAAUUGAUUGAUUGGUAUGUCAGCCGUAAUAAGAGUUAUAGUGCGUUGAAAGUGUCCGAAGAGCACACAGUGAAAGAAAUAGUUAUUAAACAUGUUACAGAUACUUUAAAAUCGCUUCCUGGUUCAUCCAACACAGCCAUGGGUACCCGGAAUACGCCUCGUGAGAAUUUGGCGGAUAUCAAAGAAUAUCUUAAUAGCUAUGCGAAAGAAGUAGUAAAUAAGAGACAUGCUAUAAUAGGUCUGAUUGAAGGUGACGUAAAGCAGAAUGAGCAAACACAACACUCAUCUCGUUAUAAAAAUGAUCUUCUAACAAAAGCUAUCCAAACUGUGCUUACGUCAGUGUCGGAGGCGGCUGGAAAAAUGGCUAUUUACUUUGAAAAAUAUUCUGCUACAGCUGAAAUAAGUAAUCUGGACACCGCUAUAAAAGAGGUCACAGGCCUCGGAGAUACGCUUCACGAUCAGAUUCAAGGGUUCGCUACGGGUACCCAAUUUGGCAAUGUUACGACGGAAAUAGCCAGCAGGGUGCAGGAGAAAAUAGGGGAGGAUGAUAGAAAGAACAUACCAGAUGGAUUACGUGAUCCGGAUAAGGUGACUCUUUCCCAUCAAUUCGCCACCUACAAAAGUCACGUUGAUUCAUCGAGUCUGCGUAAAGGCGCUGAGAUAACAGGCAGUGAAGGCACCCUCCCGCAAACCAUAAAAAGUAUUCAAACAACGGUUAAUACAAAUGAAAACUGCUUGAAAAAUGUUGACGAUACUAAUGGCAAUCAGCCACAAAAAUUUAACAAAGCCACUUUCUCCACCCUGCGCGCCACCGUCGACACGAGUCUGGAACAAUUCACCGACGCCGUACAGAAACUUGUUAAAGGCGACGCUAACAAUGAAGUCCACGCAUACCUAGAGGAUUUGGGGAAAAUGCUUAAGGCAGGAGAUUCUGUUGAGCUCUCCUCUGACGGCUUAAAAGGUCAACAUACUGUCAAAGGCCUCGUGACGAUCAAGAGUGAAAUUGACGCUGCGCUCGAGGGGAUAAAAAAUAAAGCUGAGACGGAUUUCACGGCUGAAAAAAAAGCGACAGAGGGUGGAGCCGUAUUCACAACUUUGUCCACCGCGAUCACUACGAAUCUCAAAGACCUUUUGGCAGCUUUCGAGGAGGCAGGCAAACAAGUGAACGAACAUUUGCAAAAAUUAGAAACCAACAUCGGCAAGAAGGAACAUGGCACAAAUGCUGCGGAUAACACGCUGCAAAAAAUCCACGACAAUCUUGUGGCCUUGUUAAACGGUGACAUAAGCCAGGUCAUCAAAGAUGCUACAGCCUUCAAAAAACAAGCCAAUCAAUUGCGUGAUAAGACAAUACGAGAUUUGAACGGACACGUCGAAGAUGAAGUCAAAAAAGCCGAAACCUCUCUCAUCACCCAGGCCAACAAAAACUACGUGACGUCCGUCAAAGAGAUGCUGCAGGCCUUUGCCGACAAGGUGCAGAAGGAACUAAAGCCCCUCCCCGGCGAGAUCGACACCGACAGGCAGCACGGCUUUAAGGGUUUUAUGCGGACGUUGCAGGGGACGAUUAACGGUGAUGAGACCAACGAAGACAAUAUUGAGAGACUCAAGGGUCUCGUAGGUCAGCUGUCGAGAAAUGUGAAUCAUAAGGAUGCGUUCAAAAAUCUGUCGCAGAAAUUCAAGGAAUUCUGGCAUCCACUCAACACGUACAUCAAAGCAGAGAUCAAACGCGUUCACGAAGCGAAUAACGAGAAAACCAAUCCCAAGCCCACCGGCGUGGAACAGCUGUACACCUCCAAACUCGACGCUGCGCAUUCCGCACUCAACAGCCUGCUCGAUCACAUUAGUAAUCACCGCUAUAACCACGAACUCACCUCCAUGCUAGAUCAGCUCGCCUCCGCAACUGCCACCCUCGCUCCCGAAUCCUUCGCCAGGACCACGACUCCUCUGCUCGACAGUACCGGCAAGGGUGUUGAAGGGUUUGUUAGUGAAGUUGGAAAGGCGUACAUCUCCGCGUACGACGGUGAGACGUUCGCCGAUGAUUUGGUUAAAGGUGAUAAAACAUUGACUAAAUAUGGCAUGUAUUACGCCAAAGUAUUCCUUACCGCAUUGCGUACUCUCGACGUAUCGUUGUAUGGGUUGAAGCAUGAGUGCAAGAGUCUGACGGGACAAAAAAUCAAUUCAUCCACCGAUCUCGGAAGAUUGUUCGUGCGCCUCGGCUUUAAGGUUUCGGAAGAGAAUAAAGAACACUGGGAGCUGCAAAACAGAACAGUCAUAAGCGGCCAGUACGUUUCCAACAGACUCACUUGGAGGGUCAGCGGCGCCAAUGACAACCAACACCUUAAAAUGUGUGAAUCGAAGAAACGUGAUAAUGACAAUUACUUCAAUGUGUUUGAUAUAAUUAGAUGCCUAGCGACUCACGCCAAGCAGUACUUCGAAGUUUGCCACUAUUCCACUUCCACAGCGAAGAGACAACCAUGCUCCGCGUACGAAAUGCUCAUAUGGCUGGCAGGGCUUCCACAUAACAGGGUGUACGAUGAGUUGGUAACUGAUGGUCUUAGUGAACCAUUCGCAAAUCCUAACAAGCAAACAAAGGAGACAGACGGUGAUAUCGAGUUCACUGUAUUUGACCUGCACGACUCCAAUCUGGAUGCGUACCCUAAACAGAUCACGUAUAAGGGCGUCGUGAAGGUGCUGAACCACGUAUGCUCAGCAUCGUAUGACGUCUUGACAACAAUAUCCGGACAUGGCGAUGCCAUGAGCAUCUACGGAAGCGACUUUUGCAAUAACUCACUAUCAAUGAAGUACCCCUCCAAGGGAGAUGAUUGUCUCAUCACCGUUGUGGACGUACUGCGUAGACUUCUGCCGCAGCUGCAAUACUUGUUCAACCGUUGUAGGCACAGCGCAGACGAUUAUGGAUGGCGCAAUUGCCGUUACGGCAGGGAUAUCCCGUCGGCCACAUCCCAAUGUACCGACCACUCAAGCGACAAAGCAGAAAGCCAACCAAAGUGUCAACCAACGUGCCAGGCAAACAGCAAAGUAGAUUGCCAACCAACGUCUCCAUUAAUGUCCUACUUAUACGAUUGCUUGCCCGGACAUUUACCGCACCAAAUAAGCAGUAUUGGUUGCAAACCUAAAUGUACAACAUGCCCUGGUAGUAAACCCGGAAUGCCCUGCUUAACGCCCAUGGGAUUCCGUUGUUUUUCUGGGUCAACCAAAACAGGGGAGAAUGUAUGUGAAAUACUGCGGUUAUUCUUCGGUGGUGGUCUGCUUUCAUCUCUUCUCUGCCUGGUUCCCCAGCCGCCAUCUACGUUACCGGAACACUUUGGUUUUGCUCUGUCACUUGGCAGACAGUGGAAUGACUCCGGUAGCAAUAUAAUUGCAGAGUCCUUUGCAUCAUCUAUCGAUGGCGCAUCUAUUGGCCUAUAUACUGAACCAUCAAAACUCAGCGAAGUACUUAGGAACACCUAUGCUAGCACGCCGAGUGAUCAUGCAUGGCCGCAUACGGAAGCUGAAAAAUCCGAUUUGUCGAGCUUAUCGACGACCACGUCAUGUAUGCUUCCUAACAAACGCAACAUUUAUUGCGCUCCAUAUCUUUCCACACUAUGGCAAGAGAACUAUAUGUACUUGGCUAAAAAACACGUUAAACUAUACUUAUCGUGGGCCGUCUAUCUCCCUUGGGAAUUUUGGAAAUAUCUCGAUGAGCUAUAUACUGCAUUUUGUGGUAUCUCAUGUCAGCAGUACGGAUGUCGCAGUUGUAUAAACAGCGACACGUGUAGAUCCGGUAAGCAUGGUGUGGACUACAACUGCAAAUGCUGGAGUAUUGUUAGAUGUCGCGGAGUGCAAAGCACAUUCUACAGUUACGGAUUCGCAUUUGGCGAUUCAAAAAAAUUGUUGGACGAAGACGAAAAAAGAUAUUGUCACGAUUUCUGUUCUCAAUUGAGCAACGUACUUAAUUCCGAUUAUUUCAAAAAACUGUUCACGGAAUGUGACGAAUUCAUAUUUACCAUCAGGCAGCCGUUUAUAUGGCUCAACAUCGCGCUCUGGUCACUAUCGCUCUUCUACCUCAUCUGCGUGAUGGUUGGCAGACUGGAUGUGCUCCACAUACGCUCACACCUGAGGAUACCGUCAUCGCACAAGAUAACGGCGCAGUCAUUGUUGGCUGCAGCGCAAGUCGGAAGGCUUGCCAAGAUAUCGUACCUGCAACCGUAA